AUGAAGAAGACGACCUGGAGACCAACAACCUCUGUGAAGCCCUGGUUGUUGGUGCGCCUUCAGUGUUCACAGAGGUUGUCGGUGCGCGAUGUCAGCCCAAUUUCAACGGGUGGGCGGGUUCUUAGCGUACCUAGUGCUGUCGAACUAGGUACUCCGUACAAGUACAAUACCACCCAUUGUGCUGUGGAUGUUUUCCCAGGGCUGAGCCAGGACAAGGGACAAGGGACCAGGGGGCCAGGGCUAGUGUCGCAAGGAGGAGCUGUCUCUGCUGUGCUCUGCUCAAAUUGGCCCUGUCCUCCUGUGUCUCCUUCCGACCAGGUCAGCCAACACGACGGAAGAAAAGUAAAAGAAGCUCACAGCGCCAUCCUUGACAGAAGCCUCUCCCGCGCUCCAAUCUCCGGCGGGACGGGACAUCGAAUCGAAGCACCGCGCGAUCUCCCGACAUCACCGACCGGCCCCAGACAUCCGCUUCAAUGGUCCAGCUCUGACAGACUCGCCCGACUGAACCUCUUUCCUCCCGACCGGAACCACCGUAAGACACACGCAUACACGCUCUCCCCUCCUAUUGCGCCUCAGGGGGCAAGACCCGGGCCUCUUGUUAUGCAGUCCCCUCAAUACCACCACCAGCCCGCCUACCACUACCAUCACCAUCCGCCCGACCCCAGAGCCGCCGCCCAAUUCCCGCAGCCGUAUCCGGACCACAGCCACGACCCCAUGAUCGCCGCCGAGGCCGAGGCGCCCCUGCCGGAGGGGGGCACCUUUGGCGAGGAGCAGUUCAACCAGCUGCAGGAAAAGGCCAAUGCUGCGGCCGCCGCGCAACAGCACCAGCAGCACCAGUACCAGCACCAGCACCAGCAGCACCAGGAGCGCGCCUCGCCCGUCCGCCAGACCUCGUUCGUGGGGCUGCCGCCCAUCCGCCGGUCUUCGACCUUCUUCAGCGACAGCAUCGCCGCCGUCGGGAGCAGCAAUGGCGACGCCGAAGGCAACCAGCAACAGCAGCAGCAGCCCGUGAGCGCCGUGGCGCAGCUGCCGAGCCAACGGUCGACGCCGAGUCCGAACCCGAGACAACAGCAGCAGCAGCAGCAGCAGCAGCAGCAGCAGCAGCAGCAGAUGGGUCUGCCGGGACACGUGGCGCAGGAGUACAUCGGGCAGCAGCGGCAGCUGUCGCAGAGCCCCGUCAACUUCGGCGGCGCUCCCGGCGGGCAGCAGUAUAACACCAAUCCGGCCGCGCAAUAUCACCACCAGCAGCAGCAUCCUCAGCAACACCAGGGCAUGCCGCACCAGCAGUUCCAGGGCCAGCAGCAUCCCCAGCAGCAGGGCGGACAAUUCUUCCCCCAGGGCCAGCCGCAACAACAACCCCCACGCGGCGGCCCCGGGCACCCCCAGAUUACGCUCACCCAGCAGCAGCAGUUUGGCCAGGCCCAGCCCUUCGUCCCGCCCAACAUGCGGCCCGGAUUCCAGCCUCCUCCUCCUCACCACUAUCCUCAGGGCCAGCAGCCUCCGCAGCAGCAGCAGCAGCAGUUGUACCCCAACGGCAACCCAGUGCAGCACAUCCCGCCCCAAGGCAGCGCCUGGAUCCUCGAGGAGUCGCACCUCUCGGAGCCGCUGCAGCUCCCCCGCCACCGCGCGUCGAGCAAUGCUUCGCUGCGGCAGGGGCAGGAGCAGGAGCAACAGCAGGGAGGGCGCUCCGGCGACGCGGGCGAGUACGAGCUCGACAAGGACACCGGGGUGUCGGCGACGGUGGGCACGGUCAACACGAUCGACAGCGUGACGCAGGCGCUCGACGCCCAGCAGCAGUCGCAGCAGGACGCCCCGCCCGUGCCCCAGGUCCCCGCGUCGUUCAACCCGCAGCUGCAGCGGCCCGGGACAUCGCCGGUGGGCCGGAUGAUCCCGCCCCAACAGCAGCAGCAGCAGGGAGGCUUCAUGCCGAAUGCGCUUGCGCGGGCGCAGACCAACGACCACAACCCCGCCGGGCAGAACCAGAGCCAGGACGACGCGAGCAACGUAAAUAAGCACCACGGCAUCUUUCACGGCAUCCGCCAGCGGCUUAAGGAGCACCAGGCUAAUGCCGCAGGAGCGGCGCGCCGGCAGAGCGUGGAUCAGGGGGGUCACAACAACAAGGUCGCCGGGGACGAGGUCUCGGAGGCCAGCGUCGAUGCCGGGUCGGGGAACAAGCGGCGGAGCGUAUUUGGAGCUCUGCGCGGCAGCGCGACGCAGCCUAAUACGUGGGACAACACCGAGUUCCCGCACUCGCCUCCCUCGCGGAGGGAGAGCGUCGUUGCGGCUGCGGGUGCUCAGCAGCCGCCACAGCAGCCGCCACAGCAGCAGCAGCAGCAGCAGCAGCAAGGUCAACAACCCCGUCAGCAGUCGCCGCCGCCGCAUGUUCAGCAACCCCAACAGCAGCAGCAGCAACCACCAUCUGACCCGAGGAACAGCUUCAUUCGCACGGGCUCUGCGGGAGGACUGAGCCGGCAAUCCCCGGCCCAGCCGGCGCCGGAGACGCUCAUCCGGCAAGGUCUCGUCCGCCGGUCCAGCUCGGAGUACAGCACCGACCCGAAGCCGUCCCAACAGCAGCAACAGCCGCAGCAGCCGAAGAAGCGCUUCUCUAACCUCAGCCACAUGCUGCGCCCCGGCGGCAACCAGGAAGCCGAGCAGCAGCGGCAGACGCCCCAGAUCAGCGCGCCCAUCAUGUCGUCGCCGCAGGCCCCGCCGACCAUGGAGGGCCAGCAGCGCCAGGCGGCCCCGCCGGAGAUGAUGAACAAGUUCGGCCCGCAACAAUCUCAGCCUCAGCCUCAACAACAGCAGCAACAACAACAGCAGGUGAAUGGCGGAGCGCCGCGGCCGAGCAUGUCUGGUCCCCGGCCAUUCACCUCGGAUGCGCAGAUGCAGUCUAUGCAGCAGAAGCAGAACCAGCCGAGGGAGUACCUCCAGCGGCCGGCGCAGGACGAGGCGCCCGGCAGCGCCAAGAAGGCGAGCGCGUUCCUCUCGGGGAUCUUCAAGGGCGGUAAGAACAAGGAGCAGAAGCAGCAGCAACAGCAGCAGCAGACGCCGCCGCAGUCUUCACCAAGUCCGCCUGUGUCGCAGUUCCAACCGGGACCGAACGGGCUGCCCAUGAUGGGCCGUGGCGGACCUGUGCAGCAGCAGGGGUACGCUCCUCUGCAACAAAACUUUCCGAUGGGACGCGGCGGGCCGGUGCCGAUGCAGGGGCAGCCGUUCGGGCCUGGCUCGAUGGGUCGGGGGCGGGGCAUGCCUCCUGGCCCGAUGAUGAUGAUGAUGCAGCAGCAGCAGUUCGGUCCCCCUGGGCAUCCCGGCCUGGGCCGCGGCGGCAUGGUGCAGCAGAUCGGUCCUGAUGGAAGACCAAUUGGGCCGCCGCAGUUCCUCGCCGGCGGACGCAUCAUGGUCAACCAGGGCCAGGCGGGGCAGCAGCCUCCACCGCAGGCUGCGCAACAACAACAAGACGGCCGCCGGGCGUCGAUGUCGCCUCAGCCUCCACAAGGGGCGUUUCCUGGUGGCCCCAACCCGGCGCUGGUACAGCAGCAGCAGCAGCAAUCCCCAGAGCAACAAACGACUGCUCCGUCACAGCAAUCUCCUACCCCUGAGCAGCAGCAGCAACAGCAACAGCAACAAGCCCCCAGCACCCCUGCCGGCGCCCGUCGAGGCUCAGACUCCCGCCCGGCGCUGUCCCGCAACCCGCUCUCGUCCCACCCCGUCACUCCCCUCGCCGACCAGCAAGACCCCACGGCCGAGCCCCCGCCGCCCCGGCCCCUCCAGGAGCAGGACCGCUCCCGCUCGGGCUCCUUCGAGGUCGACGCCCGCCGCGCGAGCAUGGCGCUCCCGCCCGCCGGCCUGGCCGCCAAGGGCGGGCUCGCGCCCUCGCGCAAGCCCGUCGGGUCGACGCCGUCGCCGAGGCGCUUCUCCGAGGCGCGGCAGCCGCAGCAGCAGCAGCAGGUCACCGCGGAGCAGGACGGUAGGCAGACGCCGACGCCGCAGACGGGGUCGCCCGAUAUGCGGCGCGUGUCGACGCCGAGCAUCGCGCCGCUGGGAGAGCAGGCGCAGGUGUCGCCGCAGGUCCGGCCUGCUACUGCGGCGGUGCAGGCGCAGGCGCAGGGUGAGGGGCAGCAGCAGCAGCAGCAGCAGCAGCAGGCUCCGCCCAGGGUGCCUACGCCGGGUAAUCCGCUGGAUAGGGUUGCUGGGCAGCCGCAGGGGCAGCAGCAGAUGGUCGUCUCGCCCGCUGGGUCCCCGCCGCCGUCGGUGCUGGCUCAGCAGCCGAGCCGGCCGAGUCUGCAGGGCGUGCGGAGGGACUCGGGCGCUUCGUCGCCGCAGCAGCAGCAGCAGCAGGUGCAGGGCCAAGCUAGCAUGCAGGAUAUCCGUCGGCCUUCGGGGCCGCAGCAGCAGUUCCAGGAUCGGCCUAGCUUGCAGGACCUGCGGAAGGCCUCGGGCCCGCCGCCGAUGAUGCAGGGUGCUCUGGGGCAUCAUCAGCCUUUGCAGCAACAGCAGCAGCAGCAGCAAGGCCCGCAGGGUCAGCCGCAGAUGCAGCCUGGUUUUGGCGCGCCUCAGCAACAAGCAGGGCAGCAGCAGCAGUGGGGACCGCCGCGGACUGCUACUGGACCGCCGCCGCCGCAGACAGCCCAGCAGCAGCAGUCUGAAAAGCCAGACAGCUUCACAAAGAUGUUCAAAGGGCGCUUCUCAAGCGGCGGCGGCGGCGGCGGCGGCGGCGAGCAGCAGCCGGAACAGCCGCAGAAGGAGAAGAAGUCGGGCAAGAGCCUGCUCAGCGCGUUCCGCCGCUCGUCGAAGCAGGUCGAGCCCCAGGGCCCGCCGCCCGGUGGUCCGCGAUACCCGCAGCAGGGCGGUGGUGCGCCGAUGGGAGGACCGGUGCCUCAGCAGCAGCAGCAGCAACAGCAGCAGCAGUUUAGGCCUGGUCCGGCGCCGCAGGGUAUGCAGCAGCAGGGUCUGCCGCCUCAACAGCAGCAGCAGCAAGGCCCUGGCAGCGCAGCCGCCAGCGUGAGUUCGUCUCAGGACCAGUUUGCCCAGCGUCGUGAGGCGCUCAAGCAGCAAGCUAAUGCUCCUACCCACGCCCCGGCACCGGGUCCGAUGGGGCAGCCUCCCGGAGGUCCGAUGCAGAUGCAGCGCCAGCCGCAAGGUGCCCCCGGUGGUCCUGGACCUCAACAGCAGCAGAGACCCGGCCAGCCGCUGCCGUUCCAGCGGCAGCAGUCGGUGCAGCAGCAGCAGCCGCAGUACCCGUCGGAACCGCAGUACGAGGCCGUGCCGAUCCCGGGCGGCUACCAAGUCGUGCACGGCGAGGGCAUGGUCGCGCCGUCGCCGUACGUUGUCAGCAGGCACCAGGCCUUUGCUGCGCACGCCCAUCCGUAUGGCGUCAUGCCGUACCAGCAGCAGCAGCAGCAGCAGCAGCAGCAGCAGCCCAUUAUGGGAUCGCAGGGUAUGCCUCAGCAAUGGGGAUACCCGGGGCAGACUCCGCCUCAGCAGGUCUCGCCGCCUCCGCCGCAGCAGAGCCUGCACCAGGUCUCGCCUCCGCCGCAGCAGAACCAGCAGGUUCAGCCGCCGCCUGCGCAGUUUGCUCAACAGCAGCAGUCGCAACAACAGAUACGGAUGGUGCCGCAGGAACCGGGGCAGGAGCAACAGCCUGGCGCUCAACAUCUAUCGCCGCAGGCACAAGGUCAACAACAGCCCUCUCCUCCUCAGGCAGCACACCACGGCCUCAAUGUGGGCUCCUCGCCUCAAGGCACACCUGGCCUGUCGCCCAUCUCGGCCGACUCCGGGCGCAUCACGCAGCUGAGCAACGUGUCGAACGAGAUGGCGGCGGCGCCGCCGAGACAGCAGCCGGCGCAGAUCGUCACCAACAUGGAGGAUGUAGCACAACAACAGCAGCAGUCGCCUCAGUCCUACCCGCUCCCAGAGUCGGGCAAUACCUUCUCGCCGAUCAACCCCGCCGUCAUGAGGAUGCCGAACCCGCCUCUGCCCGGUCAGCCGCAGCCACACCAACAACAGGGUCUGGCCGCGCCGCCCCAGCACCACCAGCAGCAGCACAUGUUUGUCAAUGGGACGACGGACGUGCCGCAGCGGCAGAUCAGCGCUGUGAGCCAGGUCUCUUCUAUACACUCGAUGGUGCCUCCAGCGCAGCACGGCCAGCAGCAGCAGCAGUUCUCGUCGCCGCCUGUGGGUGACCGCACUGUCAGUCCCGAGCCGGCACCCGUGCAGCAGAGCAACCAGCAGGUACACACGCCGCCGCCACAGCAGCAGCAGCACUUCCAGAGUCCCGUCGUCGCUAUCGAUACUGAGCGGGCGAACGCGCUGCUGCCGGAGGAGGAGAAUAUUUAUGAUGCUACGCCGCGGAAGCCGGCGACGGCCGCGCCUGCACAGGUCCCAGUGCAGCAGGAGGAUAAUUUGCAUGAGCCGCAGCCGGUGCAGCAUGAGGAGCAAGAGCAGCACCACCAGCAGCCUGUAAUACAGCAGCCCGCACCGGUCCACGCGACCGAGACGGUCAUCACCCCGCCCUCCCCCGUGGAGUCGCCGUCCCCGGUCGACGGUCAGUUCGAGCUGCCCAAGCCGACGCCCCUGACGCACGAAGAGCAGGUUGAGCCGCCCGAGCGCCUGCUCAGCCCGGACGUGGCCGACGCCGAGGGCGCGGGAGGACAGGCCAACGGCGGCAGCGGCGUGGCGCGGACGGGCACGAUCCGGGCGACGUCGGCCGAGGUGUUUGAGGAGCACAAGCGCAAGAUGCUGCAGCGGGACAUGGAGGAGAAGAUUGCCGUGUUCCCCGAGGAGCCCGCCGACGGAGGGGCGAACCUGCAGCAGAACGGAGGGGUGAAAAAGGGUGGUGCCGCGGCGGAGGAGGAGGUGCCGCAGAUGAGCGCCACGUCGUACCCCGGCCAGGAGUGGAAUCCGUAUGGGGAGUUUGCGUUUGAUGAUGAGGAUUGA